CCCACUCAGUUGAUCGCGGGCCCUUGCUGGUGACGCACGCGGGGAGGUGGGCGCGCAACCCUCUUCCCAUCACCGUUCCGCUUCAGUGUUCAAAAUCUAUGUAUAUUUCCAUCGACCGGCAACCACCUGCUGUGAGACGGUCCCGCAUGGCAUCAGGGGAACAGAAACACACCCCUUAGACACCAAAACCCAAAGGAACACAACAUAAACAAGCAAGCAAUCCCCGAAAAAGAAAUAGAACCCACACUAAUAUUUGGGUGACUGUUGCUAAGACGUUCACCGCAAACAAGAGCAACAGGAGAAGGCGAGAAAAGUCCCAGAGUUCCCCAGUGCUGUCGCUUCUCUAUACGUUCAGUUAAGGAGUGUGUGAGGCUCCCUAUGGUACGUGGAGUGUGCUGUGGAAAGAGAGGUCUGACUGUACGUGCGUGGGAAAAAAAAGUACAGAACCUAUGAGGAAAAGAAGAUGAGGAAAACAAGAUGAAGAAAGAGAACAUACGAAUGACGACAGUGAAAGUAACUUGAACAAAAACAAUUUAUUGGAUCCUCACCAGAAACAAGUUAAGAAAUAAAAACCAAGAAAUAAAAGUAAAGAAACGAAAGAAACAAAACCACUGAAAAGGAAAUGAAAAAAAAAAAACGUUUACAGUGUCAUAAAAAACAGAACUGCAUGAAUAAAUAAAUAAACUAUCAAAGAAAUGUGACUCGGUGGGAUUUUUCAACGCAUUCUGGAUCUUCGGUCGAUCGCCAAACGGGCCCAAAGGAGUCUCCCCAGCACACCCUUCCAGCUUAGAGCAACACCCUUCACUGCUCUCAACAUUCCACUUUCCUUACCAUUAGUUUGUCUCGCUUUUAAUUUAGUCUCUCUCUCUUUCUCUGUUUUUCUUCCUCCUUUUCCAGUUACUUUUCGUUUUACCAUGUCUUUUCCUCUUUCACCUUAAAUUCUUAUUCAGUACAUCUUUUUCCUUGUAACUAUAAUUAUCUUCUCGCUUAAAAUUUAUACUGUCUACGUUCCUUCAAAAAUUUCUAUAUCUUUUCUCACUAUUUAUUGCAAUUUCAGCAUUACUCCAUGCCUUAAUUAUUCAUGUUGUCCAUCUAAUAAUUAGCCACAAAAACAGGCUACAAAAAUAUACCUCUACUAGCAUUUCACUGUACCUAAACACGCUGAGUUCUAUUUCCAGUCCCAACAGUUCUCUAGUUUCCUUGUCCUUUAAUUAUCUCCUCUCACUAAUUUCCAGGCGAGUAAUCGUGGGGGAAAUGCUCCUCUUUUCUUCUGGAUCCGCCUCAGUUUCAGUUCAUUUACCUUCGCCUUGACAAUAUCUCAGCCAGACACUCCCACACACACCUGAACGCACCUUGAACUCCAGUGUUUAUCACCUAACACGCCUAACACGGAACAUGAAGUAAAAUUAGACAGGAAAUUAUAAUCAUCAACUCAAGACCACAGCAGCCCACCACAACGCUAAAAUUGUCCUUUAAGAGUAGUGUUGAAUAAGACGCAUACACACAACAAGAGCGAGAGAGAGAGAGAGAGAGAGAGAGAGAGAGAGAGAGAGAGAGAGAGAGAGAGAGAGAGAGAGAGAGAGAGAGAGAGAGAGAGAGAGAGAGAGAGAGAGAGAGAGAGAGAGAGAGAGAGAGAGACAAAACAUUUCCCAUUUCUUCGCCCGGUACAUCACUUAGGCUCGUACUGUCAUCCGCUCCUCCCUCACCCUGAUCCUCUCUUCCCGCUGCCUCAUCACGUCGCUGGUACAUCUCUCUUUCCAUCCAUCUCCGCCUCGCCGCGCUUGGUUUACUUCAUCACCCACUAUAUCAUUACUACCUCCCUUUAUAGUCUUUAGUUCCCUGAAGGUACUGUAUUAUUAGGCAGCUUCAUCCAUCAUGUAUAUCUGCUUAGAAUUACACUCACACGUAGAUUCUCUCGCGAAUUCCUCUUUAGACUUAUCUAAUUAUCUUUCACUCACUAUAAUUUUCAACCUAUUUAUUUCUGGUUCUUUGGCUUCAGACUAAUAUUUUUUUCCCUGGCAAUAUAAUUUUCCUAGUUAUCUUCGUAGUGUAAAUUAUUAUUACUCCUUCUAUCUCCUCUUCCUGCCUUCCAACCCUUCCUUCCCCACCCCUCCCAAGCCAGCCCCACCCCGUCCCAGCCUGAGCCCCGCAAUGAGAGCUCUGAUUAGGAGCAACACCAAGAUGGAACACUUGAAGGGCGAUGCGGACCAGCUGACGACGGAGGCGCAGCUGUCAGCUCUUCAGGAACAGCUGGUGGCCGUCAUGCUGGAAAACCAACACCUGGCGGAGGAGGCCAAGGCGCUGAGGGAAGCAAGUGCCACCGAGCAACUUCGGCAGGAACUGGAGAGGGAGAGAGAGAAGAGCAGGAUACUGAUGGAGAGACUGCAGGAGAAGGAAGCUAAGGACAGGGAGAGGAGUGAGAGGGAGGCGAGAGACAGGGAGAGGCACACAAGGGAGAAAAGUUUGCCUCCAGGAGACAAGUCACCAAGCCUGCCGCAGCGGAUAAGAAAGAGAAUUAACCAGAUGCACAAGACCCAGUCCUUCGAGGUGGAGGAAAGCUGCCCCGGUCCCCCCUCGACCCCGCUGGCUGACAGACUCCGCCCCCAGGGGGAUGAGAAGCUCAGUCAGAGGUCGUCCUCGUCCCUCGAACAUUCAACCAAUCAGAAUGUAAAGUACGGAGGAGAAGCAGCCAAUCCCAAGUCGAGUUCUCCAUUUGAUGUUGUUGAAAGCUCCUCACGCGGAAGGUUUGCGUGGAAGCGCCGCGGCCUUGAGAAAAGCAAGUCCCUCGAUCAGUCUGAGUUUCUGGCGUCGCUAAACAGCGCGAAUGCAGCAGGAGGCGGGGCGACGUCCGGCUCGGGCUCUGAAACUCCCACCAUCACCACCGCCAUCACCACCACUGCCGGCGCCGCCGCCGUCUCCUCUCCCUCCAGCCUGUGGCCAGACACCUUUAGGGACAAAGAAAGUGACUCUGAUGACGGUGAAAGAGGCCUCAUGCGGGACAUCAGCGGUGAGCUGGACCAGGGCUUGCCACAAAAGAUACCACCGAUCUCCGCGGAGCAGAUAGCCCCAGCCGUGGUGAGCCCCAAGGAUCCUUGGUGGAGGAGAAUGGAGGUGCAGGUGGUGACGGCGAUCGGAGAGCUCCUCAGGGAUUUCUCCGAAGUAGCAGAGGAGGAACAACCUGACGGGGAUCCAGAGGGUGACCCGCUGACCGUCAAAAAGUUGAAGGAGAACAUCUUAAGGUUUGGGUGCGUGAUGCGGCCCUUGACGGAACUGUCGGCGGUGGUCACAUCUCUCCUCCGGUGGGAGUCGCCCUCAGCAACACUUCUCGCCCUCCUCAUCUACCUCUACAGCGUCCUCUUUGGCUGGCUUCUGACCCUCGUGCUCCUUCUGGGCAUUCUCAAACUCUCUUUCAACUACCUGAAGAAAAGGGGAUGGACCCAAAUCUUUCUGCGCCGGCUGAGGCGGCGGGAGGGCGGCGAGGCGGUGGACAUGGCGGCAGGAGAAGCGGGGCUGGGAGACAAGUUUGCUUUGGUACUGCAGGUGGCCCGUCGCGUCCAGAACCAACUGGGAGCGGUGUCCAAUGCAGCUGAAAAAGUUAAAAACCUUUGCCUGUGGGAACACGAGGCCACGCAGCGCCUCUACCUGUUCUUGUGCUUGCUGCUGAUCGCCUCCGUGCUGCUCCCCGCCGCCCAGCUCUUCACCAUCACCGGCAUCUACAUGGGACUCAAGUUCUUCGUCAUGGACUUCGUUUUCUUCCGCUACCCGAGGAUCCGCCUCAAGUAUGACACCACCUCGAGGCUCUGGGACACACUGCCCACCGACGCCGACCUAGAGCGGCGCGGGGAAAAGAACCGCAGUGACAAUGGCAACUCCUCGCCUGACCUCUCGUCCUUCCUGGAGCUGUUCAACCUUCCCCCAACGGAGACCCCGCUACCAGGCUGGCAAAGUGGUCGACGCUGCACCUUAGUCAACCGAGACCGCUCCCUUACCUCCGCCUUUAAGAAUGGUCGACUCUACCUCACCAACAGCUUCCUGUGUUUUGAGAGGAGUAAGAGUCACUCCGUCAAGAAUCUGAAGUUCCCGCUGAAGGAGGUGAAAGUGGAGAAGGCCAACAGCUACCCGUGGAUCCCUGGAGGCGGUAUGGCCAUCGAGGUGUCUGUGGAUGGGAAGAGCUACUUCUUUGCCGCCAUCCUCAACCGAGACGAAGUGUUUGACGACGUCCUGGAAGGGUGCAGGCGGGCGGGCUCCACCUGGUGUGACGCUCCCAAUCCUUCGGAGCGGCCCAAGGAUACCAAGGAACCCAAGGAAAUAAAGGACCAAAAGGACGCCAAAGAAGCCAAGGAUAAAUAAAGUGCCAAAUCUAGAUGUAGAAGUAAACGUUCGUAGACACUUAAAAUCUAGGCAGUCAUGUAUUUAUACCAAACAGUCACGCACGCAUACAAACACACACACACACACACACACACACACACACACACACACACACACACACACACACAUCACAUAGUUUUUUUUUUCAGUGUCCCAAAGAAUGUCAUUAAAAGUGGCAUUAACAUACAUACAAAACAAACAAUACAUCAUUUUUAUAUAUGUUAAGAGGAAGCAAUUACACUGCAAAAAAACUACGAAUACCAUGAUUUUCAAACAAUAAAAGAAUAGAGUAAAUAGAUCAAGAAAAAUAUUACGAUCAACACAACUUAGCAACACUCUCAAAACAACAAUACAAGACACAUAGAAUCUACCUAUUCAUCUUCGUCCCCUUAAAGGAAAAGAAAAGAUAAAAAAAAGUCCUACAUGUUGCCUUGUUCCGUACCACAGACUCCCCAGUACAUGCAAACACAUACAUGAGUUAAUGAGACACACCUACUCCCUCGGUACACGGAACUGCUGCAGGCGACCUUGGGGGAUGUUCUCAUUGCCUCAGUUACCGGACAGCACUGAGGGCCUGGACGAGACUAUCACGGGCUUCUCAGUUCACUACCGGGUACACUCAACCUUCAGUGGGAUAGUUUAUCACCCUCACCACUCAGAGCAGUCGAUGGUGGUCUUGGGGCUUUACUUUAGUCCUCUGUUGCCUCGCGAUGAAGGGGCACGACGAGGAGAGGCAGGGAGACGUGGAGAAACAGAAUGUAACUGCCUGGUAAUCAAAUAUUGAAAUUUCAGGGAGGGGAUGGAAUAGACAGAAUCCAGCAGAGUGUCAUCGUAAUCAUCAAAAUUUGUGUAUUGAAUGUGUGACGAGCAAAGCGAAUGUGACGGUUUGCAAGGCGCAGUGCCUGAUGAUGUUACCUGGCAGUUGUUUGAUCAAAGCGUGUGUGUGUGUGUGUGUGUGUGUGUGUGUGUGUGUGUGUGUGUGUGUGUGUGUGUGUGUGUGUGUGUGUGUGUGUGUGUGUGUGUGUGUGUGUGUGUGUGUGUGUGUGUGUGUGUGUGUACGCGCGUCGGUGCAUAAAUUAUUGGGAUAAGCACAAAAAAGCCAACAAACAGCAGUGUUUCUGGUGACGACAGUGCUGAGGAAAUUCCUGCCUGUGUGCUAGAGGCGGAAGUCUGCCGUGGGUGUGAGAGGUGCUGGUAUUAUUAAUAAUGUACAUCUAAAAAACUAUAUAUAUAUACCUAAAGAAAAAUACAGGUAGUUUUGGUCUAAAACUAUCCAUAUAUUUUAGCUGAGCAUGUAUAUAGACCACAAGAAGUACAGCAUAUAUCUAUUUCAUAAGAAAUUAUGUAUAGCCUUUAAAAAUAAACUAUUUAUCAGCAAGCUAGA